AUGGGUGUAUGCUGUUCCAAAUAAAAAGAAAGAGAAGAUGGGAUAAGAGAGUAGAUUGCAUAGACUGUAGUGGAAUAGUAAAAGAUAAAAGAGGAAGAGGAAUAAGAACAGAUUCAAAUUCAGUGUUAUUCAUCAGGUAGGAAAUCAUAAACUUAUCAAUUUAAUCAAGUUGACAUCUGCAACUUAGUUACUCAGGCUGGAAAUGAGGAUGCUCCAGUGGAUAUGGAGCAAAUAAAAACAGAGAAAGUCAAAAAGAAAAAGCAGGAGCAUCAAAAGGAUGAUGCAAAUUAUUUAAGAAAAAUGGACCAUGUUUUGUCUGUAAAAUCGAUUGUAGUCUAAUUAUAAUAAGAAGGAGAUAUGAAAUAUUACAAGAUCUCAAUGCUUAUAAACUAUAAGGAUCUCCUUUAUAAUGUGAAUUUAAAUGGUGCUCUAACAACAGAACUAGGCUUUAAAUAUUUCACUUUGAACCCAAAGAAAUUUGAAGAGGCUUCUAAGUAUUCAAGGUUUCUCACUUUCUUUUCAAAUGACAACUACUUUAAUGUAGACAAAGAAUGUACAAAUAAUUUUAAUUCGUUUGAUAAAUUGUUAAAUGUCGAAAGAAGUUUACAAGAAGUUUAAGCAAAUUUGUAAAAGUUGUAAAGGAGGUAGACAACAAAUGGUUUGUAAGAAAAGAAACCUUAGACUUGUUUAGUUAAUUAAACUAAUUAAGAAAUGCUCGAAGUCAUAACAGUUGUAGAUAUAGAAUAAUAGUCAAGAUUUUUGACUAUCCUAUUCCAUUUGCUCAUCUAAAAAUAUUUUAAAAAGCUAGAACUCCAUAUAGUUUUUAUAACAAAUGCUACAUUCUUAUUUGAAAUCCUUCCUUAAUUUGAUUAACCAAAUGUAUACAGAUUGGCUUUGUUUUAUGAUAAAUUGGAUUAUUCAUUAAAAGAUCUUCAAAAUAUGUGUCUAAGGAAUCAAAUGGAAUUAUCUAAGCUUUUGUAUUAAAAAUUGUCACUAAACCUUAUAGAGAUCUUUUAUUAAUGCUAUUCAAAUUAUUUAUAUAGACUCAAUUUUACAUUAUCAACAAUCUUUUAUGUUUCUAAAUUUAGGGCCUUUAAGCUAUAAACAUUUGGAAGAUUAAAAUAUUUGUUGAAGUUUGGAUACACAGGAGAUGAUGUCUUAAAAGAGUUGGAUGAAAAAAAAAUGAGAUUAUUUGAAAAAGCAUUUAAAAAGGAUCUAUUUGCUUUGUGUGACUUAUUAGUCUAUUUUAAAAAGAUAAACAAAAUAAGCUUGAAAUAAAUCCAAAGUUAAAGGAAAAAGUAUUUUUAGAGUAUUUCAAAAGGUGAAGAUCUAGCAGAUGAUAAUUAUUUAGUUUAUGUUGAUUAGAUCUUUUCUUCCUAAUCUGAUCGGUAUGUUUUAGAGUUCAUUCGCAUGGCCCUGUACGCAAAUUAGGUUAAAUCAGUGGAUAAAACAUUAGAGGAUACUCUUCCAAUUAUUGAAUAACUAUAAAAAAUGAUUGCCGAUUAUGAAUCCAAUCUAGAUUUAGGGGUUAAAGGAAAAGAACCACAGCAUAAUACUGAUUUCUAAAUUUAAGAAAAUCCUAUAGAAACUUAGAAUAGAGAUAACGAUUUAGAUGAUUCUGUAGAUUUAGAUAAUAACUAAAAAUAUUUGAAGUCCUUCUAAUUUGAUUUCAAUUCUGAAUAUGAAGAACUAUCUAUUAAUAAAGAUAAAUAUACGGAAACUUAACUAAUAUAUAAAGAAUUACUUUAUUCAUCAUUACUAUUAUAGGAUGAAUUUUAAAUUUAUUAUGAAAAAUUCAAAAGAUGCUAGAAAUAAAAAUAAGAAGAAGCUUAUGCAGAAAUUUUAAAUGCAUUCUAUCAAUUGAAAUCAAUGAAUGAUGACUCUUGGGAAUUUAGAUUGAAAAUGAUUUCAAAGUUAAUGAACAGACCUAUUGAAAUUAUGAACUCUAUAUUUGAAACCUUUAUCGAUCAAUUUCACAUUACAAUAAUGUUCCAGAUACUGACCAUAUCAUAAAGAAAACCUCUGCCUUUACUAAAUUAAUUUCAAAAAAGCAUCAAUAAGCAAUUGUAAACCAAAGUUUUAAUGGAUAGGAAAUUAAGAAGUCAUAAUUCAUCAAAGGGAAUAAUAGAAUAGAAAAAGUAUAUAAUGGUCUAAUUAAUGUAUGCAUAAUCAUAUUUAAAUAAUAAUAAUUUUUAUUAAGCAGUUUAAAAAAUACAAAAAGUAAUAGGGUUUUAAUUGAAAAAUUAACACUAGGCUUCAUUAUUUUAUGCAUAUUCAUUAUUAAUAAGUGGAGAAAUACAAAAGGAGAGUUUGCAACCAGUCUCAGCAAUGCUAAAUCUAGAGAUGAGUUAAGUCAUUUAUGACAGUUAUUUUCCUGAAUUCAUUGCAAUAGAAGAAGCAUAAGAAUAAUCGGAUAAUUUGGUAAAAGACAAGAUUACCUAAAAAUUCUAAUACAUAAACGUUUAAAAUUUGGCAACAAGCAACAAGGCUAAGUUGGAAUUCCUAUUGGGGAUUAGCUACCUUGAAGUGCAUGAUUAAGAUAAUUCUCUAAAAUGCUUAAAAGUUGCAGAAAUGUUGUUAUUAAGAUCAUUUGAUAUUUUUUCAGAUGAAGUUGUGAUUGUAGUGUUGAAGCAAUUGCAGCUAUAUGUUUUAUAGGAUGAUAUAGGUUCAGCCUUUAAAAUUAUGCAUUCAUAUACGAAAUGUAUGAAUCAAUGGUAUAGAGAUGGGAAAUCUUUCAAAAGUAAAAUCAUGUCUAAAUUGUAGUUUGUUAUAGGGAAUAUUUUUGAAUUCAAUGGAUAAUAUUUAGGUGCUCUUCGAUAUAUAGAAAGAUCUAAUCGUACAUAUACCAAUUCAAAAUCUAAUAAUUUUAUAAUACAAAUGCAUUUCUAGGCUAAGAAAUUAAAUCUAAUACAAAAAAUAAAGGCUAUCUUCUUAAACAUUAGAAAUAAAUAAGAACAAAAAAAUUCAAAUGACUUAACUUUGUUUUAAACGCUAAAUGAACAUAUGGCUUAGACUUUCCUCACACAAUUUUAUAAGCAAAGAUUUGUCUAAAAAUCUUCAUUAAUGUUGGAGAAAUAUGGAUCAAGUUUAAUUAAAGUGCAAUACUUACAAAGACUUAAAUUAAAUGAUGAAGCACUUAAGUUUAUGAAGAAGACAAUCAAAAUUUUGAAUAAAACCAAAAAAGAUGAGUUGUAUGCAAUCAUAUCAGGUUAUAUAACUUAUCUCAGUCUUCAAAAUUCGAAAAAGCAUUCAUAAUUAUAAUUAUUAAGAAACUAAAUAGAAAUUAGUGAAAGAUAUUUUAUUUUCCCAAUUAAAGAAUACCACUUGUUAAAAUGUUUUAUUUAUCUAAUGAUUCUCUACACAAAGAUGAAUGAAACAAAAUAGAUUUAAGAAAUAGAUACCAAAAUUCAAUAAGUAAUUGAAGACUUUUAUGAAAUUCUCUAAUGGCAAACUAUUUCAAAUAACUAAUGUAAAAAUGCUCCUAAUAAAUUUGAACUACUCAUUAAAAAAGGUAAAAUCUCUUUGUUAUAUCAAAUCUCCUCUAUCGUUGAAUUGAUUGAAUACUACAACAAUUUAAAGAAAUAAAUAUUCGAUGUUAUGUUUCAUGGAAAACAGUUAAUGGAACUAUAUAAAACUAUCAGAUCAGAUUUUGAAAUGUUUAUUAAAUAAAUUAAUUCUCAAUUAUUAAGAUAAAAAUAAAAUUGCUUAUUUGGAUCUUGUUCUUAAAUGAAAAUAAAAAAUACUGUAUAUUAAGACGAGCACAAGCAUUUAAAUAAAAUAUAAAAUACUCUUUAUGCUCAAUCAUGCCAUGAUGAAGAAAUCAAUACUAAUUAAAAUAAGGAUGAUCAACUAAAGAUUAUUUUAGACAUUAGAAGUGCUCAAGAAGAUAUGCUAACUAGGAAAAACCUUAGAAUUUCAAAAUUCAAAUAAAGUAAUAAAGUAGAAGACUAAAAAUCCAAUCACAGUUAAGAUAACGCUUCAAAAAGACAAAAAUCAGCAAAUAACUCCUAUUAUUUAAAAUAAAAUGACUUCAAAAAGUCAAAUAAAUUAAAUCCUUUUGAAGGAACCUUGAAAAAAACUCAAAAAUCAAUUUUAUGA